AUGCCCCCGCGUGGCUCCUCGUGCGUGCGGUCGCGGCGCAUCUGCAUGCUCACAGCUGCUACUGCAAUACUGCUGCUGAUCGUGGUCGGCUACAGUUUGAUCUCAGAGAGCGAGCUCAGUGCGACCGGACAGACGCCACGCCAGCGACUCCAGCUGCUGUUCAGACAACAAAGACUGGAUGCGGCAGCUGCAGCAGCGGCGGACGGGGACCAGGCCGAGGCCAUGGAAGAAGCCGAGCUGCUUCCACCGGUGCAAGCUCAGCCCGUCCACCUGCUUUCCGAUCACAUCCCGGCACGGAUACCUCCAAACGAUCGCGCAAUAUUGGUUACUGGCGGAGCUGGCUUUGUCGGGAUGAAUGUGGUCGCGCAGCUUGCGCGUGACAAGCACGCACACACGAUUGUUGCAAUCGACAAUUUUGCCCACCCUGCCGUUUCGGACAAGUGGAAUGCACGCACGCUGAUGCAGGAUCGUGCAUUCAAUAUCUCCAGGAUGCACGGAGUUGUUGUGGUCGAUGGCGACAUUUGCAACCGGCCAUUUUUGGCGCGAUUGUUCGACAGGUACCGCUUUACCGACGUCCUCCAUCUAGCCGAUGCUCGUGCAGGCCGCCAUUCAUCAAACCACACUGACGUCACAGUACGCGCCAAUAUCGACUGCUUUGUCUCGCUCCUGGAGACAAUGAAAAUGUUUCUGCAUCCCAAAGAGUCGUUGUCGAGUAGUCCUGACUCUGGCAGCAACGUUCACCGCCUUCCUCGUCUAAUAUUUGCGUCUUCAGCAGACGUUUAUGGGCUAAACGACGCCUCUAGUGGUCCUUCAGCGAGCUGGGCGCGCGUUGAUCGUCCUCAUAGCAUGUACUCGGCAACAAGCAAGGGCGCAGAAGUCCUUGCCUGGAGCUACCACGCAACAACCGGCAUCCCGAUGAUUGGACUCCGGUUGUUUUCUGUGUUUGGUGCGUGGGCCGAUGCGAGCUCAGCACUCUCUGCGUUUGCGCGGGGAUUUCUGUCCUCGAGCUCCAAAGUCACCUUGCACUCGCUCCGAGCCAAGGCCGGCGCCAGCACCACAGAGUUUCCCGAGCGAGACUUUAUUCACAUCUCGGACGUGUCCAAUGCUGUCGUGCUUGCAAUGAACGCCGAUUACAUUGAUUUCGCUGUCAUCAAUCUCGGCUUUGGGCAACCAAGGUCGGUGAGAGACGUUGCAGCCCUCCUCGCGCAAGAGCUCGUGGACCAACUGGGAGGCAAGUCGUUGAACGACGAAAUCACCAUCGGUCCACUCCCGCGUGGAGAGCUCGCACGCACGUGCGCAGAUACGCAAGACUUGAUCAUGACGCUGGAAUAUUUGCCAGCCGUCUCGUUUCGCGCGGGUUUGCAAGACUUUGUUCGCUGGUUUCUGUGGUACCACCACGUCAGCGCAGACCGUCGAACACUCUCCACGGAAUGGGUCACACCAUCCCCCGCAGUCGGCGAGUUUAUCGCCAAGCUGGAGAGCGCUCGCGCCAAGCAACAGGAGAAGAGCGAGAAAAUGAUGGCAGCAACGAUCGCAGACGCCAAGCGCGCUCGCAUCGAGUCGGAUCGCGCUCAUCUCGUGGCUCUCGAUCAAGCGAGAGGCGUUUCUCUACCCCUCUUGGACGGCCUGAGUACCAAAUCGUUCGUCCUGGUUGAAAAGCUCUUUCCCCAGUCCGCAGACAUGGUACUGCUUGAUUUUGCAGUUGACCGACCAGACGAGCUAAUCAAGGCGUGCAACCGGUACGAUGAGUGCUUGGCAUUCACCCCUCACGAUGGCUAUUUAAAGCAUCAGCUCGGCGAUAUUGCCGCUGCCCAACCCGUCGAUCCCGUUCGCGAUACAAGCACGGGUACCUAUGUCGCAGGUAAAUCAACGUUCAUUUGGAUUGGAUUUCUUGGCAUGUUUUGCUCCCUUGGUUGA